GGAGGCCUUUCUGGGCGUUUGGCAAUCCUCAGCAUCCGGCGACGGAGGGUGGGGGGACGACGACGACGCUGAUAUGAAAGAAUAACCGGACGCAGCAGCCUUUGGUAUCGUAUCCUUCCCGCUGGAAAGGGGGAGAAUUGCGUUGCAGAGGAAGGGACAGCAGUCCUAGAAUUAGUCGAAGAUGUCGGGUCAGACGCUGACAGAUCGCAUCGCAGCUGCUCAGUACAGUGUUACAGGAUCGGCUGUAGCUAGAGCUGUCUGCAAAGCAACCACACAUGAAGUGAUGGGGCCCAAGAAAAAACACCUGGACUAUCUGAUCCAAGCCACAAAUGAGACAAAUGUCAACAUUCCUCAAAUGGCUGAUACUCUGUUUGAGCGAGCAACGAACAGUAGUUGGGUGGUUGUGUUCAAAGCCUUAGUUACAACACAUCAUCUAAUGGUUCAUGGCAAUGAGAGGUUUAUUCAGUAUUUGGCAUCUAGAAACACACUAUUCAAUCUCAGCAACUUUUUGGACAAAAGUGGAUCACAUGGAUAUGACAUGUCCACCUUUAUCAGGCGCUAUAGUAGAUACUUGAAUGAAAAAGCAUUUUCCUACAGGCAAAUGGCAUUUGAUUUUGCAAGAGUGAAGAAAGGGGCUGAUGGUGUAAUGAGGACAAUGGUCCCAGAAAAAUUACUGAAGAGCAUGCCAAUAUUACAGGGACAAAUAGAUGCACUUCUUGAAUUUGAUGUUCAUCCAAAUGAACUGACAAAUGGUGUCAUAAAUGCUGCAUUUAUGCUUCUUUUCAAAGAUCUCAUUAAGCUUUUUGCUUGUUACAAUGAUGGAGUUAUUAACUUAUUAGAGAAGUUUUUUGAAAUGAAGAAGGGACAGUGCAAAGAUGCUCUUGAAAUUUACAAACGGUUUCUGACUAGAAUGACAAGAGUAUCAGAAUUUCUUAAAGUUGCGGAGCAAGUUGGAAUUGACAAAGGAGACAUUCCUGAUCUCACACAAGCUCCCAGUAGUCUUAUGGAGACUCUUGAACAGCAUCUUAACACUUUGGAAGGAAAGAAACCUGGAAACAGUGAGGGCUCUGGUGCUCCUUCACCUUUGGGCAAGUCUUCUCCAGCCACAACUGUUACAUCUCCUAAUUCCACCCCAGCAAGAAGUAUUGAUACAUCUCCUCCAGUUGAUCUCUUUGCAACAUCUUCUACAGCAACUCCAGUCAGUGCUUCCAAACUAUCCAGUGAUCUUCUGGAUCUUCAGCCAGACUUCACAUCUACUACUGCACAAGCCGCUUCAGCAGCUCCUGCUGGGGCAACUUCAUGGGGAGACCUCUUGGGAGAGGACAGUUUGGCUGCACUUUCCGGUGUUACCUCUGAACCGCAGAUUUCAGAUCCAUUUGCACCAGAACCCACCCCAGCUCCUACAGCUGCAUCUACUGAAAUAACAACUGUUUCUGCUACAACUACAGCUGUUACUGCUACUACUGCUGCUGAAGUGGAUCUCUUUGGAGAUGCCUUUGCAGCUUCUCCUGGUGAAGCCCCUGCAGCAGCUGAAGGGGCAGCAGCACCAGCUACCCCAACCCCUGUAGCCGCGGCUCUUGAUGCAUGUUCAGGAAAUGACCCCUUUGCCCCAUCAGAAGGCAGUGCAGAGGCUGCACCAGAGCUGGACCUCUUUGCUAUGAAGCCAACCGAGACCAGCGUUCCUGUAGUUACCCCUACAACUAGUGCAGCCACUCCAGUUCCUGCAACCACUCCUACUCCAGCUGCUGUCGUGGCCCCUCCAGCCCCUGCUACAACUGCUACUACUACUGCCACUACCACUACUGCUACCACGUCUGCUACUACCACUACUACCACCACCUCUGCUCCUCUUCCUGCUCUAGAUAUCUUUGGUGAUUUGUUUGAGUCUGCACCUGCUGAUGUCCCUGCAGCAGCACCUAAGCCAGAUGCUACUCCUAGCAUAGACCUGUUCGGUACAGAUGCUUUUUCUUCUCCACCAACUGGAGCUUCUCCUGUACCUGAGAGUUCUCUCACUGGUGAUCUCUUAUCUGUGGAUGCAUUUGCAGCACCAUCGUCCCUGCCCACUGCCUCCCCAGCUAAAGUGGACUCUUCAGGUGUGAUUGACCUGUUUGGUGAUGCUUUUGGAAGUAGCGUGCCUGAACCCCAGCCUGCAACCCAAGCUGCUUCUAGCGCCUCCGCUUCUGCUGACCUAUUAGCUGGCUUCGGAGGUUCUUUUAUUGCUCCAUCUCCAUCACCUUCCCCCGUUACACCAGCUCAGGCUACUAUGCUACAGCCCAACUUUGAAGCAGCCUUUGGAGCUUCCCCUUCCCCUUCCCCUGGUGGCACUUCCUUUGAUCCCUCAGUGUUUGAUGGCUUAGGUGACCUCCUUAUGCCAACUAUGAUGCCAUCUGGUCAGCCUCUAUCUGCUUCAGGCACAGCCGCUAUUUCUGCUUCAGCUGCAACCAAAGGCAUUGGAAGUGAUCUUGAUUCCUCUCUCGCAAACCUAGUAGGAAAUCUUGGAAUUUCUGGUACUACAACAAAGAAGGGAGAUCUGCAGUGGAAUGCAGGAGAGAAGAAGUUAACAGGAGGAGCCAACUGGCAACCAAAAGUAGCACCUGCAACAUGGGCAACUGGCGUUCCUCCAAGUGGUGGCCCUUUGACAGGAUCUGUCCCUCCAGCAGGUGCCGGCCCACCUCCAGCAGGUGCCCCCCCUGCACAGCCUGGAUCAGGAUUUGGGAUGCAACCUCCUGGAGCAAGUGUUCCAAUGAUGCCACAACAGCCGGUUAUGUACGGACAACCUAUGAUGAGGCCACCAUUUGGAGCAGCUGCAGGACCUGGUGCACAACUUUCUCCAAGUCCUACACCGGCCACUCAGAGUCCCAAGAAACCUCCAACAAAGGACCCAUUAGCAGAUCUUAACAUCAAAGAUUUCUUAUGAACUAUUUAAGUUUUCUGACAGGAUAGCUGAAGAUGCAAGUUUGGAAUCUACAAACAAGAAUUUUGUUGCUCAGAGUUUCCAAGUGAGCCGCCACUACCAAACCCAGUGCUUACUCAGUCUUCUCUCCUACUUCCAAAACGUGUAGCACAGCUGUGAAAGUGAACAUUAGGAAUGUGUACUAUCUUAGUUGUUACCCCUUCUCUCUCUCUCUCUUUCUCAGUUUGUGUACUUGGAUUAUUAUUUAUGUGUUUUACAACUUAAACAAUGGAUGUAUGUUUCUGAUGCCUUCUUAGUGCUUUUCUGAACCUAUCCAAUAGGGACGGAUUAUGCAGCUGUUGUGUGGUGAGCCAUUUGGAGCGAUGUGUCUGUGUUUCUGGAGGUCUCGAUGUAAAUAACUUUGGCAAAUCCUCUAAAUUUUUCCCUUUAAGUCCAGUUUCUCUUGUAUAUCUGUUAUACAAAACAAUCGUGUGAUGAUAUUGGGUAGUAAGAAAAGCACUCUCAAUCCUACAAACUCUCUUUUGUGUGGAAUACAUUUUCCCCCCAUGCAAGAUUCUCAAUUUGUUGUGGGAUAUGUUUUAUUUUUGUGGCGCUGUACAUGUUACGUUAAAUUAUAAAGUAAUAUAAAGGAAAACUCCCAUUUAACACAUCUUCUAUCAAGUUGCUUUGUGAAUAAUUAAAUAAUAAUAACUGAAAAUACCUUAACAUGUUUCUUUUCAAAACAUUUAAGGGUCUUUUGUUUUCAUUUUAAAUCCAGUUUAUUUAUCAGCUUUUGUUUUAAAUGCACUGAAGAUACGUAAAGGGUAAAUUUCUUUCCAUGUAGUUGAGAAAAAACAGUCAUAGCAAGGUAGACAUUGCUAGGAUUGUCAGGCUACUCAGUGUAAUUGACAAAUCAUGAAAAAUGUAUUUUUAUUUUUUUAUUCAGCUUUUACCUAAAUCUGUUAGUUUGGUGCUUCUAUGUAUAUGCCUUAGACUAGCAUAUUUUUCCAUACCCCCAAAGCACUGUGUAUUUUCUGUCUGUCUGUGAUUAGAAGUCACACUAACCUGGAGAACUGCACCCUUUACUGUAAACAGCAGCAGCAACAACAAAAAUAUGUUCUUUUAACGUUUUAGUUUGUUCUCUCAUACUGUUUGUGCUGAUGGCUUGGCUUAAGAUUUUGAUUCCUUAAAAAGGUCACUGUUGAUCAGUGUUACAAGUGGCUUGGCAGCUCUUUGUAAAAGCAUACUAGGUUGAAAAGAUGUUCACCCAAGUCUUUCAAAUUAACUAUUUAAUCAAUAUAUGGUACCAUUUUUAAAAAGUGGUUGUAUCUGAAUUUAUUGUGGGAUUAACAUACACUGUAAUGACAGAGAGUUAGAGAGAGAAUUUCAAAGUGGGUUUUCUUUGUAUUUUGGUUUGAGAAAAACGCAGUGCAUGUAUACCCUCUGAUGCAAUAAAACACCUUGAUCAAAGUAAA